AUGACAAUUUUAGCACCAAUUAGCAAGAAUAAAACGAGAAAACUGACCGCGCCAUUUGAGGAUGAUGAGAAUCCCUGGAUUAAAAAAUGCUGUUGCCAAUGUAAAUCAUGUAAAAUGAGUGUGCCUAUGCAACCUUGGUUGCCAAGAUUUUUCAUUUUCGGCAUCGUGUGUCCAAUUUUCUGGCUAAUAAAUCUUUUAAGUUGGUGGUUCCUACAAUUUUGGCAACCACAUGAAUUGGAGUUCCAAAGCUUGCAAGAGGACGAAUACCCUGGAUUUUAUGAAUGUGAAAUCAUCACGAAAAGAUCACUAGCUCCCCUAAAGGAGGAGGUCCUGCAGGAGGUCCGCACCAUUCAGGAACUUAGUGAUAGCAACAGCGAAGAGGAUCACGAUAACUUCGAAGACACGCAAUUGUCUUUUCCAACAUUGAAUGCGAAACAGAUAGAGGACGAAGAAGAAAUCUUGAAGAAAUAUCGUUACGCGUUUUUGAAGAAGGUUGCCCACGAUGUCUUAGAAUCUCAUGAUUUAUUACGUAAGAACUUCCGCGACUGGAAUUUACGGUCCUUGCUCGGUCUCAUCAUUGACUCUAUACUUAUUAUAUUGACAGUCCUCUUAUGUAAGAAAACUCGAUAG